AUGAGUACGAUGCGAAGCUUAAUACUGUUUGCCUGCGCAGUCGUAGUGGUGUGGCCGGAUAAAGCACAUGCCCAGUCGAACUAUGCCUCGCAGGCAAACAGCAUCGAGUACCAGGGCGAAGGUCUGCCGGAAGAAGCCACCCUGGAUGGAAAGGUUACGAAACUGGACGAUCUCAGCCCAAUCAUCUUCCUGAACCGAACGAAAGCGGCUCUCAACUGUGCCGCCGGCUUCAUGCAGGUGGAGCUAAAGUUUAACGAACCGUUCUACGGUAAGGCGUACGCCGAUUACGAUCGCAACAGCGCUUGCCAGACGAGUGGCAAGGGUGAUCUCAGCUAUCGGAUCGAUCUCCCACUGAAGGGAUGUGGAACGAAGCAGGGACCUCAACGAGUCUUCACCAACAACAUUGUGGUGCGGUUCCAUCCGGGGCUGGAAAUGGAUGGGGACGAGAUCAUCACAAUCGUGUGCCGAUAUCCACCUCCAGUUGCUCCGAUUCCUGCCGGUCUUCCCGCUCCAAUCAUUAACGAAGCUGCCAUCAUUGAACCACCAUUGAAGGGUAUUCAGAUCCUGUUCAUUAUCUGCGCCAUCAUGUUCCUUACGUUGCUCUUGCUUGGCCUGGGAGUGUCCUAUUACUGUCUGCGCCGUCGUCCGAUUCCGAUCGUACGUCGCGUGGUGCACGUUGGCAGCGGAUCCGAAAUUACUGCUCUCGAAAGCGGAAGCAUAGGAAGCGUGUCAGGAUUUAAGGUGGCGCGACCGGUCGUGGCCGUACCGCCUCCGAUUCAGAGUUCUUCCGGUAGCGAGGGUGCUCUGAUCCCGUCGGACUAUCCGAGCGAGUCGCAGUCGGAGAACGAGGAGGUGGAGACGGGCUCGUUGCCGGUGAGCUCACGCGGUAGCAGCAGUGCGUACGAAAAUGGCGCCUAUGUUCACGAUGGAAUGAGUUUGGCAUCGGGUGAUCAUCACAUGGCGUAUGGGCAGACGCACGAGCUGCAUCUGGCAAGUGCUGCCCUACCACCGUCGCCCAAGUUCGAUAUCCAGGUUCGUGUGAAGCGUUCCCCACCGCCACCAUCCUCGCUGCCGUCGAUGAGUGGGUCCUCCAUGUCGGACACCGAGAGCAACAGCAGUACGCUCGUGAGUCAUGGCGGAGAUCGUAACAAUCUGUCGACGAUUCUCGAAACCCAGGAAGAUCGGGACAGUGUGAUGACGACGGAGUCGCUGGCUGCCGAUGGUGCUCAAUCCCACUUUACCUACGUUCCGGAGCUGCACACGGUUCCGGCACAUCUCGACUACCCGCCCAGUCCACCACCGAUGCCGCGCUAUAACACUACGGUAACGACCACGAGCACGAACCGACGCUGGCUGGAGGUACCGGACGGGCCGCGCGCCCACGACACACACUCGCUGACCGAGCUCGUGGACGCGUCGCACCUCUAUCAGCUAACCGGCACGCACGUCACUAGCCAUACUAACCGCGCCGAGGACGCGGUGCAGCAGCUGCCCGAACCACCGAUCGCCGUGUACAAAAAGCCUGAACUCAAGUCUCACGUUGUAGAUGAUCUGUUCCUUACGACCGUCACCGAGCGCACUACGAUUGAGGACGUCGAGCGGCACAAGCGGCUGGUGACGGAGUACAAGGCACGGCCGGUGCCGGUACCGGCUCCACCACCACCACCCAUUGACCCCACGUGGGACGUCACGAUUCGCAACUACGAGGCGCAGCGUCAGCGCCAGUGGGAAGACUUCUCCGACGUGUCCAGUGCGUCCGGUGCGCCAUCGAUCGCUUCGGCCAACAUGCCAGUGCCGUCGUCGACGUACCUUCCCAGUGCUUAUGCAGCUGAUGAGCUGCGCAGUCCCGAGCUGGUCGGCAACAUGAAGCCGGUAGACUUGCCGCCGGAGGAUCGCUCCGUAUCGAACUGGGACGUGCUGAUCCGGGUGCUGCAGGAGGUGGACAUGCCGGACACGUCCAUCUCGACGGCUGCAUUGCACACGGAUCUGCACCGUUACCCGCUGCAGCGCCAGCUGAGCUACGAUGACAAGCUGAAGUGGAAGGAGAUCAUCACGACUGAAUCGACACUGCGUACGAUGCUGUCGGAGGCCACGGUUCGAGAGGACUUCGAGCGGAUCCGUUCGGAUGCGCGUUACGAGAACCUGUUCGAGCCACGCUCCUGGGAUGUCAUCAUACGCAUCCUGGCCCCACCGGAGGACGUCGAGCUGCGUCAGUCGAAGCGUAGCAAGAAGCGUGAAACCUGGGACACUCGAUCCCGCCGUAGCUCGCUGCCCACGCUGUACGAGUACGACAGUGACGGGGACUCGUCCGUGCGUACGAUUACUCAAGAGCCACAGUUGGUGGCUGCGACGAAUCUUGGCUAUGGUGCCCACGCCGGUUCCCUAGCCAGUGGUUCUCGUUCUCGCCGUACCUCACGCUCGUCCUACAACUCGAACAACAUCGACAUGCGCUCCAUGUCGGAGGUGAUCGUAGACUUUGGACGAAUGAGCGGAGGUCCAGGGCGUUCGGGAAGUGGUGGUGAACCGUCGGAGGAGGGUAGCUCGUACAUUGUGUCGCACAGCAAGGCCUACUUCGAUGAUGAUGACGAUGAGGAGGCACGAUACGAUCAGCGUUCCCUUCAGCGAUCACUAAGUCACCCAAGCUUGGCACGCUCGGCUAGUGAGUUUACGGAGCGCUGGAUCAUCCCCGAGGAUCAUCUUGAUCUUCGAGCUGAAUCCGAAGCGAACAACUCGUCGGUGUACGGUUCCGGCACGAUGGAUAUGGACACGAGAACGACGUACAUCAAGCAGAGUCGCACGACGGUGAGUCGCGAACGGCGCGACAACUGGUAGAAGGGAGUGCUGGAAAGGAAUGCUCCUCUUAUCUCACGUGCCAAGCCUCCGAUCGGUCGCUCGCUAUCAACUGCUCGAUGUAAUGGUUCAUCUCCCCUCCCUCACCCCAUGACUACUGCCCACUAACACUAACACUACUGCGAUACUGGGAGGAACCGUUCCUAUCAACGCUUUUACCACUGCUGCUAGGCGACCGACCGAUCGAGCAAACAAAUGUGAAUCCCUGCCCAGAUGAAGGCGCUAUCGAGGCAAGCUCAGG